UGCGCGGUCUUCAAAAGGAACAGUCGCUCUCCUCAGUCGAUGUGCAGCGUGAAUUGGUAGAGUGCGUUGAUGUGAUUUCACUGCAAAGUGGAUUUUACAAGUUCAACAGGUGCGAAGGUUAUCCUACGCGGAAAUCAAAUUCAAAGAAUUUUAAAUCGAAACAAAAUUUAGGAUUACAAAGGGACUAUUAAACAGUGCGGAAGUUGACCUUUUAAUGACGCGACGUGACAACAUUGCGGUCCAUACAAAGAUGUCCGUGUAGAAUAAUUGACGAGGAUGGCAUCGCGGAUAAGGAAGAUACUAACGAAUGCCAGACGACACGUCGACUAGUUUGACCCAAUAGGAGUCCCUAUUUGUCCGAUAUGAGACUAGAAGGGAAGCGAGCAAAGCAAGCGAUGGAAUGAACAAUGCCGACUCGGACGGUACCGUUACAAAACUCGUCGACGACGACAGGAAACCACCACCACGCGACUCGGAGCGUGACUCUUUGUCGAUUUUCUUUCUUUUCUCUACUGGACCUUUCUUCGUCUUCGUCUUGAGGGGUCGGCCGCUACGACGGCCAAUAAUCCAGAUACUUUCGGCAACUGUUUAUGUUGCACGGCCACAGUGUAGUGAUAGCCAUAAAACAUAUCGUGUGCGUGUGUGUGUCUGUGCGGUUUAUUUUUAUUUCUUUUCGACGCUGGACGCUUUUGGUUAGUAAGCGCAUUCGCACUGGUCCGUGUCCCAUUGUGGUCCAUCUCUUGCGCCCAAUCGACUUCCCUACCGUCACUUUUUCGUGGUCACGGUUAUAUAAAGAUGAAACAGCCUUUAAAGCCGGUAAAAAUGCGUCAUUUCUACAAGCACGUUCUAUCGGGCAUCGUCUUUUGGUUGCUGCUCUCGCAGAGUUUGAGCUUAUUCAACAGUUCGAGCGCAGCAUCGACGUCCCGAUCCGAUCUUCAAGAUGUCGCCGACAGUGAAGAAGAUAAUGCGGAAUUGAACAAUAACGCAAUUUCGACUAACCAAAUUGAAGAAGAAGAAGAAGGUUCGGAAGGUCGCUAUUUUGGUGACUUGUUGAAGAUCGUUAAAAGAGAAAUUCGAGAGGGUGAAACUGGCCGAUCUUCUUCGGGCAUCUUUAACACAACAUUAGCCUUCACCAUUCCGCUCUUCUCCUUCUCGCUUCCAGACAGAGCUACGGCCGGAAAAGACUACACCAAACAAGCCGCCUUGUCGCUAUUCGGUCUGGCCAUUGUCGGUGGUAUCGCUAUUAUGCCCUAUGUCUGGACAGCCCGUUCCGCUCUAGGAAAGAAGACAAUAGUAGAAACGGAAGCCAGGGCAAAGAAAGAUGAAGCCGCUUCAUCUAUCCUACCGAUGCUGACUAAUGUGGCCUCUUUUGCUGGUCUGGACGCCAAAACUUGCGUGCAGAGAUCAGUUUGCGAGACAUAUCGAAAUCCGGAACGCUACGGCUACCUGGUUUUGCCCAUCCGCUACUUUAUGUUAUCACCCCAAUCUCGGGAAAACGAUAAACCGAGUGGAUAUCAACUUGCAGCCGAUUUUGGACGGCAAGAAACAGAAGAAUGUGAACGGCGUUACCGAUGCGCUUUCAGUCUAAUCGGAGCGGCCAAUUUCCUCGUCAGUUACUUCUAUCCAUCAUCAACGGCUUGAAGAAAGACUGGCAACAACUUCCUCCUGCAAGUGGCCCAUGCUCCAUUGCUCUAAUGGAUCCUGUGAAAUGACUAUUUAAUAUUUAUUCAACUACUAGACAUUGUUAUUUAUUUGCAAAACGUGUGCCCUGAAUUGCCCUUUCUAUGAAAUGACCAAAAUUUGCCAAAAUUCCUUUCUUGACCCUUCUGCACACCAUCUUUAUACUAUGCUUAAUCGUGACCCGAUUUUUUUUUUUUUUCCAGUCGAAAAAUUGUGUAAUAGUUGGCGGAACGAGAUGUGGAUGUCUCGUAUAGGAUUUCGUGAGAGAUAAGCCACUUGUUUACUAAGUUUAUCUAGACGUCGAGCACAAAGAGAAAUGAAGUUUGAAUGAACAAGAUGAAAAAUGUAAAAAAGAAAAAAAAAAAUUUGUUACAGCCCAUUUAAAAUCCAAUGGCUUCGACAACACCGCUGAAAUCUGUUGCACCAUUGAAGAAAAAGUGAUUGCGGAUUGGUGCGUCUUUGUGGGACACGGCUUUGAUGAUCUCUUGAGCUAAAACUCCGCCCACAACCGCAGCCGCCGGACUAAGUUCGCCAAAUACCGUUCUAACGAAUUCACAGUAAAAAAAAAAAAAAAAAUGUUAAAAAUAAUUAAACAAACAAAACUGGAAACCAAUUUGCUUAGCGGGGUAUCGAACUUCUAAUGCAAUACUUACUCGAAUAUGCCACUGUCAACCAUUUGAUUGUCUAGUUUCAUUUCGUGCAGAAUGUGAUCCCGAAUUUCGCACAGUUUCGCAAUGUCUGACUGGCGGUUUGCAGCUUCUGGGUCGCGUUUCAUUUGAGACCGGAACAUCAGCAAACCUGUGGUCAAAUCAACAUAUAACGAUGCUAAUGCUAACGAUACAAAAGCAACUGUAGUUGAUCCUAAAUCUGUACUUUUCAUCGUAAUGAAAUGGCUUUUGAUGCGCUGCCAACUUCUCUUGUUGAGUUGAGACGAUGGAUCAGCUUCAAACGCUGCUUGUAAAGGAAUAUAGUUCAAAGUAUGUUUAA